CACGACACACAGCAGCCUUGUGUAGCGAAAAUACUGACCUUUGCUUCCAAGAUGCAUCCCACAUGACGGCUUAUGUUGACAGCAUCCCUGGAAGCCUCGCCUCCAUGCGCUUCACUUACAGAUCGGGGAUGAUCAUCAUCCCCUUUUCUGAUCUCAGCCCUUCAAACGUUUUGCAUCAGCACCAUGGAGACAUCCGAGUAUUUUGAACGCACUUUGUUCCACGAUGGGGGCCCUGAAGCAAACAGACAUUACGAGGACUGUGCAGGUUCGGUGUUUGAUGAACGCUGUGCAGACACACCGGUCGAAGCUCGAAUACCAUCACGCAGCAAGUUCGUUGAGACAGCAACAAAACAAGGUCUCCCGUCCGGUACACAGUUCUUUUCUCAGUCGGACCACUGCUCAGAUUAUCGACUGGGGCAGGCCCUGUCCGUAAAAGGUGGUUGCGACCCAGUCAUACCAAAGGAUGCAAACGUCUGUCCGGACUCUGCAGAAGAUGGAAGGCUUGACGACGAUGACAAUUCUUUUGUCUCAAGCCGAGCAUCUAGUACCGGUCUCACCCCCAGCGCUGACCAGAAUCGAGAUUCCUCCAGGCCUCCCAUCUAUCCUGGCCGUGCAGGGCUCGCCGUACUGCAGCUGGCACCGUGUGACAUCGUAACAUUCGUCCGUGAGACGAAAAACGACUUUCGCGUCUUUUACCUCCGGCAGCGACACUCUUACAGUCGUCUCCAGAUUACAAAAGAUACAUUCGAACGGCUUUUGUACUCUUGCCACGUCUUUCCGCGCUUCACUGAGUACGUCACUGGCCUUUGUGCUAAGACUAGCGAUGCUGAGGUAGGACCUCCUCCUCUGAAAUUCAGACCCCUUCGAUCGACAUCCGGCAAUUUGUAUCGGGGCUUUGAGUGCUGUUACAUCUUACGAUACGUCGAAAAGACCCAACGUGGAGGAGGUCGAAAACCGUGGUCGUUGCGGCAGUUUGCAGUUUAUAAUCGUUACAAGCCUGCUCAGAACAGUCCGUGCUCUACGUGGAUCCUGGCCGGGGUAUCGCAUUGUACGGAGACACUCCUCGAUGGAUACACGCAAAAUGUCCGCAACCUGGCUGAAGCCAACCCUCUCGAAUUGCACAUGAUUCUACUAGACAGGUGCAUCACCAACUGGAGGCCAUAUCUAGCUCACUUGACUUCUCUCGUGAAAGAACAGUCUGGCAAAUGUUCGGGUUUCACUCUGAGUGGCGAUCAGAGCAAGAACCUCGUCACAAUCACAGUCGAUGAUCAUCAGCAACUGAAAGAGAUAGAAGACGAUGUGGCUGAUAUGGUAUUGUGUCUAGAUUCUUCACUGGACACCCUGACUUCCUUCAUGCGCAUGUAUGAGGACUUCCGACGGCAUAUUCACGAUGCACAACCUAAGGUAGAUGCUCAUGUUGGAGGACUGUCCAAGGCCGAUGCCGUAGUGAUAGCAUUCGAGGAGAAAGCGCAAGAAGUCUCAUACACCCGCAAAAAGGCAGAGAGUUUACUGUCUAAGAUUCGAAACACUAGAAAGCUUGUAUCAUCACUCCUCGAACGACAAAGCGCGUACAACAUCAAUAAACAGAUAGGCGCUCUCCAGAGCCUCGAGAGACAAGGUCAACAAGAGAACAAAAGUAUGAGACAACUCACUGAGAAAAGCAGUCGGGACUCAUCCAUACGCUCAGAACACCUGGCUUUUCUUUGCCAUAUCAGUGCCGUUGACUGUGUGUACCUUCUUUGUUUGGUUCCUUUGGGUCAGUCUUAGCACAUUUCGCAAUAGCAGGAGCGAUUGUGGUGGCGAAAAGCGCAGCGACAGUGUCUAGUCUGUUAGCAGCAAGAUAAGGGUAUGCAGUAGGCCUCCGCCAUGAUGUGUAUCUCUACGCCUAUGGCUUGCAUGGGCGUCGAACCUGUGGGGCGCAGUCACUCUAGGGGGUUGACCAAUUGACAAAUUUAACCACGCUCUCAGACCUGUCAGCCUGCAUAUCACAGCCGUUGGGCUCCUGGCUGCAAAGUGCACACAAGGCUGAGUGGGUCUCACCGAUAUGUGCUACCAUCAAGAAGUUCAGUGCUGCGGAUUGAUCCAAGUAACAACAUCGCUGCACUAAUUUGGGCGUAGCACGCUAGAUUCACGGUGCCGCGACUCUACUCGAAAGCCGGAUCGCAUCCUGCAGCUGUUCUGCAGAAGCGAACUGCACCCCGGGACAGC